ACARUCUCUGCUAUACACUCAAUAAUGACAAUAAUAUGCCGAUCUUGAGUGAUAUUCAGGGAUCUACAGGAGGACUGUACCUUCUGCUGAAGAACCGACCUGAGCGAUACUUCUAUCCAAAAUAUACACAGGGCUACAAAGUGUACAUCCACGAAAGGGGCACUGGAUUAGGGGACUCUGAAAUUCCCAGCCCGCCUGGUAGUAUAACAAAGAUUUCAAUCCAGAAAGAGCAGUAUCAGCUACUGGAAAAAGGAAAUGGCGGAAAGUGCGAGAAAAGAAGUCUUAAGAGCGGUUUUCCGAGACCGUCAAGCAAGGUUGGUAAAAUGAGAAAAUUCAAAAUCCUUCAAACUUUGUCAUAAAAUUGCAUUUGGUGAGCUGGUCAUGCUGUGUGAGUUUGGUUUCAAUCGGGAUAAUAUUCGGGAAGAAA